CCCUCGCUCAAGAUGGCGCUGCUCGCGAUACAUUCUUGGCGCUGGGCAGCCGCGGCGGUCGCUUUCGAAAAGCACAAGCAUUCGGCAGUUCUGACCCGGUCUCUAGUCUCCAUCUGCGGCUCAGGCCUGCGGUGGAGUUCGUACCAGAGCGGCGCGUCAGGAAGCGCUCGGCUGUCCCAGACUACAGAAUCAUUAAGAAAUUCUACACAGCAGAGAUGGGAAAAAAACAACUCAAGACAGUUACUAGAUGCUUCAAAGGUUCUUCAGGCAUGGCCAUUGAUAGAAAAGAGAACAUGUUGGCAUGGGCACGCAGGAGGAGGACUCCACACAGACCCAAAAGAAGGGUUAAAGGAUGUUGAUACUAGAAAAAUCAUUAAAGCCAUGCUUUCUUAUGUGUGGCCCAAAGACAGGCCUGAUCUGCGAGCCAGAGUUGCCAUUUCCCUGGGAUUUCUGGGUGGUGCAAAGGCCAUGAAUAUUGUGGUUCCUUUCAUGUUUAAAUAUGCUGUAGACAGCCUCAACCAGAUGUCGGGAAACAUGCUGAACCUGAGUGAUGCACCAAAUACAGUUGCAACCAUGGCAACAGCAGUUCUGAUUGGCUAUGGUGUAUCAAGAGCCGGGGCUGCCUUUUUCAAUGAAGUCCGAAAUGCAGUAUUUGGCAAAGUAGCACAAAAUUCAAUCCGAAGAAUAGCCAAAAAUGUAUUUCUCCAUCUUCACAACUUGGAUCUGGGUUUCCAUCUGAGCAGACAGACAGGAGCCUUAUCUAAGGCUAUUGACAGAGGGACAAGGGGCAUUAGUUUUGUCCUCAGUGCUUUAGUAUUUAAUCUUCUCCCUAUUGUGUUUGAGAUGACGCUUGUCAGUAGUGUUUUGUAUUACAAAUGUGGGGCCCAGUUUGCAUUGGUAACCCUGGGAACACUUGGUGCAUAUACAGCAUUCACAGUUGCAGUUACACGGUGGAGAACUAGAUUUAGAAUAGAAAUGAACAAAGCUGAUAACGAUGCAGGGAACGCUGCUAUUGACUCACUGCUGAAUUAUGAAACUGUGAAGUAUUUUAACAAUGAAAAAUAUGAAGCACAAAGAUAUGAUGGAUUCUUGAAGACAUAUGAGACUGCUUCAUUGAAAAGUACCUCUACUCUGGCUAUGCUGAAUUUUGGCCAAAGUGCUAUUUUCAGUGUUGGAUUAACAGCUAUCAUGGUGCUUGCCAGUCAGGGAAUUGUGGCAGGUGCCCUUACUGUUGGAGAUCUAGUAAUGGUGAAUGGACUGCUUUUUCAACUUUCAUUACCCCUUAACUUCUUGGGAACUGUAUAUAGAGAGACACGGCAAGCACUCAUAGAUAUGAAUACCUUGUUUACUCUGCUCAAGGUAGACACGCGGAUUAAAGACAAAGCGAUGGCAUCUCCCCUUCAAAUAACACCACAGACAGCCACGGUGGCCUUUGAUAAUGUGCAUUUUGAGUACAUUGAAGGACAGAAAGUCCUUAGCGGAGUAUCUUUUGAAGUCCCUGCAGGAAAGAAAGUGGCCAUUGUAGGAGGUAGUGGGUCAGGAAAAAGCACGAUAGUGAGGCUGCUGUUUCGCUUCUAUGAGCCUCAAAAGGGUAGCAUUUACCUUGCUGGUCAAAAUAUUCAAGAUGUGAGCCUGGAAAGUCUUCGGCGUGCAGUGGGAGUAGUACCUCAGGAUGCUGUCCUCUUCCAUAAUACUAUCUACUACAACCUCUUAUAUGGAAACAUCAAUGCGUCACCAGAGGAAGUAUAUGCAGUCGCAAAAUUGGCUGGUCUUCAUGAUGCAAUUCUUCGAAUGCCACAUGGAUAUGACACACAAGUAGGAGAACGAGGACUCAAGUUAUCAGGAGGAGAAAAGCAGAGGGUAGCAAUUGCAAGAGCCAUUUUGAAGGAUCCCCCAGUUAUUCUCUAUGAUGAAGCUACUUCAUCAUUAGAUUCGAUUACUGAAGAGACUAUUCUUGGUGCCAUGAGGGAUGUGGUGAAGCACAGAACUUCUAUUUUCAUCGCACAUAGAUUGUCAACAGUGGUUGAUGCAGAUGAAAUCAUUGUCCUGAGCCAGGGAAAAGUAGCUGAACGUGGUACCCACUAUGGUCUGCUUGCUAACUCUAGCAGUAUCUAUUCAGAGAUGUGGCAUACACAGAGCACCCGCAUACAGAACCAUGAUAACCUUGGAUGGGAUGCAAAGAAAGAGAGUCUCUCUAAAGAGGAGGAGAGAAAGAAGCUCCAAGAAGAGAUUGUCAACAGCGUGAAAGGCUGUGGAAAUUGCUCCUGCUAAGGAACACAGACAUUUUCUCGUCUUUCUUUUUGUUGUCUUGUUUGGUUUUGAAAUAUGCAUUUGCACUGAAGUAAAACCAGUUCACAAAAACACAAAU